GACCUGGCGGUCGAUUCGUAGCGGAAGUUCGUCACGUCGCAGUUGUCUCCGCACAGCGGAUGUGUGUCGCCCCUGAGGUGACGCUGGGAAGUGCUUGCAGCCUCCGCCGCUGCCUUCUAGUUGAAGCGCUAUGGAGGGAGAGAGGAAGAACAACAACAAACGGUGGUAUUUUACUCGAGAACAGCUGGAAAAUAGCCCAUCCCGUCGUUUUGGCCUGGACCCAGAUAAAGAACUUUCUUAUCGCCAGCAGGCGGCCAAUCUUCUUCAGGACAUGGGACAACGUCUUAACGUCUCACAAUUGACUAUCAACACAGCUAUAGUAUACAUGCAUCGAUUCUACAUGAUUCAGUCUUUUACACAGUUUCAUCGAAAUUCUGUGGCUCCUGCAGCUUUGUUUCUGGCGGCUAAAGUGGAGGAACAGCCAAAAAAAUUGGAACAUGUCAUCAAGGUAGCACAUGCUUGUCUCCAUCCACAGGAAUCACUUCCUGAUACUAGGAGUGAGGCUUACCUGCAACAAGUUCAAGAUCUGGUGAUUUUAGAAAGCAUAAUUUUGCAAACUUUAGGCUUUGAAUUAACAAUUGAUCACCCACAUACACAUGUGGUAAAGUGUACUCAGCUUGUUCGAGCAAGCAAGGACUUAGCUCAGACAUCUUACUUCAUGGCAACCAACAGCCUGCAUUUGACCACAUUUAGCCUGCAGUACACACCUCCUGUGGUGGCCUGUGUCUGCAUCCAUCUGGCUUGCAAGUGGUCCAACUGGGAGAUCCCAGUCUCAACUGACGGGAAGCACUGGUGGGAAUAUGUUGACGCCACUGUGACCUUGGAACUUUUAGAUGAAUUGACACAUGAAUUUCUACAGAUUCUGGAGAAAACUCCCAGCAGGCUCAAACGCAUUCGGAAUUGGAGGGCAUGUCAGGCUGCCAGGAAAUCAAAAGCAGAUGACCGAGGAGCAGAUGAAAACACUUCAGAGCAGACAAUUCUCAAUAUGAUUUCCCAGAGCUCUUCUGAUACAACUAUUGCGGGUUUAAUGAGCAUGUCAACUUCAUCUACUACGAGUGCAGUGCCUUCUCUUCCAGUCUCUGAAGAGUCAUCAAGCAACUUAACCAAUGUGGAGAUGUUGCAGGGUGAACGUUGGAUAUCCUCCCAACCUCCUUUUAAACUAGAACCUGCUCAGGGUCAUCGGACUAAUGAGAAUUUAGCACUUAUAGGAGUCGAUCAUUCCUUGCAGCAGGAUGGUUCAAAUGCAUUUAUUUCCCAGAAGCAGAGUACUAAGAGUGUGCCAUCAACUAAAGUCUCCCUGAAAGAAUAUCGUGCAAAGCAUGCAGAAGAGUUGGCUGCCCAGAAGAGGCAACUGGAGAACACAGAGGCCAAUGUGAAGUCACAGUAUGCAUAUGCUGCCCAGAAUCUCCUGUCUCACCAUGAUAGCCAUUCUUCAGUCAUUCUGAAGAUGCCCUUAGAGGGCUCAGAAAACCCUGAGCGGCCUUUUCUAGAUAAGGCUGACAAAUCAUCUCUCAAAAUGAGACUUCCAGUGACUGGUGGCGAUAAAGCUACCUCUUCAAAACCAGAGGAGAUAAAAAUGCGCAUUAAAGUCCAUGCAGCUGACAAGCAUAAUUCUGUAGAGGACAGUGUCACAAAGAGCCGGGAACACAAAGACAAGCACAAGACUCACCCAUCUAAUCACCAUCAUCAUCAUAAUCACCACUCACACAAGCACUCUUACUCACAGCUUCCAGCUGCUACUGGUAACAAACGUCCAGGUGAUCCAAAACAUAGCAGCCAGGCAAGCACGUUAGCACAUAAAACCUAUACCUUGUCUAGUUCUUUCUCAUCUUCGAGUUCCACUCGUAAAAGAGGUCCCCCUGAAGAGACUGGAGGGGCAGUAUUUGAUCAUCCAGCCAAGAUUGCCAAGAGUACUAAAUCCUCUUCCUUAAAUUUCUCCUUCCCUCCUCUUCCUACGAUGGCCCAGUUGCCUGGGCAUAGCUCAGACACAAGUGGCCUUCCCUUUUCACAGCCUAGCUGUAAAACUCGAGUUCCUCAUAUGAAACUGGAUAAAGGUCCCACUGGGGCCAAUGGUCACAACACAACCCAGUCAAUAGACUAUCAAGAUACUGUGAAUAUGCUUCACUCCCUGCUCAGUGCCCAAGGUGUUCAACCCACUCAGCCCCCUGCAUUUGAAUUUGUUCAUUCUUAUGGUGAAUAUCUCAAUCCACGGGCUAGUGGAAUGUCCUCUAGAUCUGGCAAUGCAGACAAACCCCGGCCACCGCCUCUACCAUCAGAACCUCCUCCACCACUUCCACCCCUUCCUAAGUAAAAAAAAAAAAAAAGAAAGAAAAAAAAAAGGGGGGGAGAAAAAAAACUUCUCUAAAAAACAUGCGCUUUUUUUUUUUUUUGACUACUGAUAUUGGACUGAGAAAAAUGAUUCCCUUAUGAAAUAUGUCCCUCUUCUUGGACUAGGGAAUAAGUUGAUGUUGAGACAUAGGUGGGAGGGUGGUGGAGGGCCUUGGUUAUUAUAUCUGCUGCCUCAUACAUUUAACUAUUUUAUAGUUUUUACUGGUAUUAGAGAGGUGGGAAUGUGUUGAAGCUGUGAAAGAUUAAGAACACUUUCUCUAGGCCUCUCCACUUCCUAAUUAGGUUGAUUGGGGUAGUUAUCUUCCCUCUUCUUGCCAGAACUGAACCAUGGAAGGGUUUGUUUUAUCAAGUAAUUGUGGGUUCUUUUGAUGUUUAAUAUAUCAGAAGAGAGGAAGUAUUUAAACGUCAAAAUCUUUUAAGAGACUUUAAAAAAUAAUUUAAAGAAAGUAAGUUAUCUGUUUAGUUUUUUUAUAUAAUUGGGAAGGGGAUAAGAAUUUUGCUGUGUGUAUGAGGUACAUAGCAAUG